CAAAGUAUGCUCACCGUCUCUGCGCACUCGUAAUCGCAAAGAACUCAUUUCAUCCAUGAAAUCGAAGUCCGAUUUUUCUUCCCUCACUGGCGACAUAGGUACCUCGGGUUGAUUCUCUUUACUAACCGGCACUGGAGAAGGGGCACGCCGCCCUGGACACUUCCACUCUAGGAACGAUGUCUUCGACGACAGAUUCUUCAGACAGCGAACCUGAAUAUAAAAAGCCAGUCAUCUCAAGACUGGGUGAAUGCGAAGUUUGCGGGGACAAUGAUGCCAUUUACUCGUGCCCCAAGUGUGAGGUGAAAACUUGCUGUCUCACUUGCGUCCAGACACACAAGAAAGAGCUGGAAUGCGAUGGUGUGCGCGACCGCACAAAGUUCAUCAGACUGAAGGAAUUCAAAGACACGGACUUGUUGAGCGAUUAUAGACUUCUCGAGGAGUGUGCUCGGUUCGUAUACGGUGUAAAGAGAGAUGAUAAGAAGAGGUUUACUAGAAUCGACAAGGAUUUGCCUAUUCAUUUAUAUAAACUAAAACUGGCAGCACGUAAGAGAGGGAUUGUUCUACAAUUCCUAGCUCAAAACUUCACUCGGCACAAAUCAAACACCACCCGAUACAACUACAAAUCCAAUAUAAUCAGCUGGAGGGUGGAAUGGGUUUUCCCUAAUGUUGAAACAAAACCGCUAAAGUUUGUAGAUGAAAGGUGUCACGAGCAUAGAAGGUUAUCAGAGUUUUUGGACAAAUAUCUGAACCCUGAUGCAGUACCUUUCGAAGGCUCCAAAGGUUUGACAUUUUACAAGUCUGUCGGUGCCAGUGGAGUCAAGAUAUUACUUACAGCUGAAAAAGUUAAAGGUUCCGCUAAAAAGUUCUUCGAGCUUGAUCCUACAGAGUCCUUGGCUGAGAAUCUUUCUGGAAAAUGUAUUGUGGAGUUUCCCAUCAUAUUUGUUGUUCUCAAAGACCAUGCUUACAAUUUUGAGAUUGUUGUGCCAGAAGAUGAAUUUGAUUAUGAAAAACAAGCUCACAUGGAGUGUAAUGACAAAGUAAGUGCAAAACCAAUGGGAUGUGAAGUUACAUCAAAUAACAUUCUAAGUGGACAAAUCAGAAAUGAAAAUACAAAGGAAAACAACCAGCAGAUGCGUCAUAGAAAGAGGCCACGGCAGUUGUUAACAGAGAAAAUAGCCAAAGAAAAACAGAUGGAGAUUGAGAAAGAGUUGAAAGAGGAAAGGAAAAAGAGACCAAAGAAUCUUCUCUUUACAACAGGAUACUCCUCAGAAGACAGUUUAGGAGGGACUGACAGUGAAACAGAAACAUAGUUUAAGAUAUUAUAA